AUGAGCUCAUCAAGUCAGGCAAAAGCUAGAGCUCAGGCUAGGAGUAUCCGCAAAGGCACACACAGCUGCUGGGAAUGCCGUCGCCGCAAGAUACGAUGCCAGUUUUCAGCUCCAGACGAUCUGGUGUGUAGGCCAUGCGGGAAACGCGGCUCGAUUUGCCGCGGUCAAGAGUUUGCCGAUGAAUCAGAGGCAUCUCAACUGUCCAUGCGGCAUCUGGCGCGUCGCCUGGGUAGGCUCGAGGAGCUGAUGGAGAAGCUUGCGGAAAGAUCCGCACUCUGUCCAUCCACUGGCAUCUCUACCCAACACUCACCCGGCAUCUCUCAAGUCGUUAUGGAUGAGCUCGAGUACCCAGACGCACCGACGAUAAGAGACCCUGUCCGUCUCGGGACACCAACCAUUCCCAGGUCCCAUUAUACCACUUCAUCCCUCAUCUCCGGCACAACGCACGAGAUGACCAUGGAUCUCGCUGGACCCUCUGGCCUCGCAGAGACGUUGUACAAACUCUUCCCGUCACAAAUCGAUGUCAAUACCAUCUUUGAGGCUAGCGUCGGGCCCCUCUAUGUUACAACAUUAUUCCAUCGCCAAGCUGACGUGGCGGAAGGGAACUCGGAACCUCCGGAAGCUGUCGGGGUAAUACCAUCACCCUCAAGCCGACCGACUCUUCUGGCCAAGAGGCUCUUGCAGCUGGUCAUUUGCAUGCAGCAGCUCUCCCCAAGGUUCAACCGUCCACUGCCCUCGCUUCGUGCUUCGAUGCUAAGAACGAUGGAGGAGAUUGUUGACGGCGUGGAUAAGUUCAUCUCGGCUAAUCGCGUCGUGUCUACUCUUGAAGGACUCGAGUGUCUAUUGCUCUUAGGCUACUGGCAACAAAAUGCAGGAAACCUCAGGAAGGGCUGGCUUAUUUUCCGACAAGCCCUCAGCGUUGGACAACUGAUGGGGAUUGACGCCGGCGCAGUGGCCCCUCCUGAUACGUCAUUCUCAACCCGAUAUCCUCCCUCGCCACAAAUGUUAUGGUUCCGAUCCGUGGCUUGUGAUCGCUACCUGUCUCUCCUGCUCGGUCUUCCAGCCGGCAGCCACGAUAACUCCUUCGCUGCUCAGCAGCUGACCGCGAGAGAUGCACCCUCAGAGAAGCUGGAGAAGCUGCAUGCCGUGGUAUCGGAAAAGAUGAUUGAGCGCAACAACUCUACCCAAAUGCAGGCUUACUCUCUGACCCAGCUGAUCAGUAGUGAUCUCAUGGCAGGCCAGGGUCUCAUGGGUGACUCCUGGUGGGAAGUUCCCCUCGUUAACACAGAACAAAGUCCAGCAUCCGCUGUAGAGGUGGCAAGUCGACUGAUUAUGCAGAUGAGCCAUCAUCUACUCUUGGUUCUGCUGCAUAUCCCGUAUUUGCUGAGAAACCCGUUGUUUCCUCACGACCAGCAAAACAGCAAGACGAUUUGUACCAGCUCGAGUCGCAACAUUCUGGACAGAUUCCGUGUCUUCCGGAGCUUCAACGACUCAGCCUAUGCCUGUCGUCACGUUGACUACGCCGCUCUGGUCGCAGCAAUGACCUUGCUGGUAUCUCAUGCGCAGAAUCUGGAGGUUCGGGAUCCAACCAAUGGCCAAAACAUGCAUCGCAUCACAGAUAGGGCGCUCAUUAUCGCAGUGAAGGACCGAAUGAAGCAUCUUUCAUACCUGAAUGGCGACAAGUUCUUUGAGGAAUCUACAAAUGUCAUCGAGAAAUUAUUACCUCUCCUGAGCUCUCCCGAGACAGAAUCCCCCACCUUUGACCCGCAGUGCUCUCCAAGUGUUGAACUGAAGAUACCGUAUUUCGGCGUCAUUACGAUUGUGGUGCCGCCGGUUCCGGCAUCAGUCCAAAAAGCACAAGUAAUGGAGCGUGUCGAGGUACCCGCACCGAGGAUGGACGGUGUCACUUUGUCCGCUGGUUUAUCACACCCAGAGAGCAAGGACCUGGAAUCUCUGGUUCCAGUUCAUUUCCACCCAGAAGAACAGCGGAACACUUUCGGUGCAGUUGAUGUGAUGGCCGGGGCAGACGAGUGGGCAAUGCAGGGCAUUGAUGCGACUUACUGGGCUUUACUUCAAUGCAAUGGGGUAUUUGACGCGUCACUAGAGUCAGAAGAGGAUUCUGAUGAGUUAAAGACUAAAUGA